AUGGCAUCAUUGAGAUUGCCCCUCCCCCGCCAGCUUCGGCUGGCUGCCCCGAGGUCAAGGAUCGCCGCCCGCCAGACACCAGCUUCCUCGUGGGUUUGCAACUCAUGUGCCUCAAGCUCGGCAUCCUCUCGGAUUCCCCGUGUGAGGACAUUCAGCGCCUUCGCAUCUCUCCAGCAUGCCACCAGUGCGAAGAUCAGCUCAGUGGACCCCUCCCUUGAACCGCUCCAGAGGCCCGAGUCCUUUAUCCCCCGACACAUCGGCCCUGACGUUACCGAUGCCGAGGCCAUGUUAAAGGCGCUCGACCCUCCGGCAAGGUCAAUUGAUGAGUUCAUUGCCCAGGUUGUCCCUCCGGAUGUCAUCUCCGAGAGGAAGACCUUUGCCUGGGACAAUGAGGGCCCCAUGGAUGAGACCAAGAUUAUGGCGAGAGCCACGGCGUGGGCCAAGGCCAACGAGGCCGCUCCCAAGCCUCUCAUUGGUGCCGGAUACAACCCCAGCGUCACGCCCCGUGUUAUUCAGACCAAUGUACUAGAGAGCCCUGCCUGGUACACGAGUUACACGCCCUACCAACCGGAAAUCAGCCAGGGUCGUCUUGAGUCGCUGCUCAACUACCAGACCAUGGUGUCCGAUCUGACUGGACUCCCCAUUUCCAACGCCAGUUUGUUGGAUGAGGGUACGGCCGCCGCCGAGGCCAUGACUCUGUCCAUGAAUGCUCUCUCAUCAUCCCGGGCCAAGAGACCGGGCAAGACCUUUGUCGUUUCACAUCUCGUUCACCCUCAGUCUAUUUCCGUUCUCCAGAGCAGAGCUCAGGGAUUCGGCAUAAAGGUCGAGGUUAUUGACGUGAGCGCCGCAGACUCUGUGGAGAAGAUUAAGGCGCUAGGACAGGACUUGAUUGGUGUCAUGGUCCAGUAUCCCGACACCAAGGGCAAGGUCGAGGACUUCAAGGGACUCUCCGACCUCGUUCACUCCCAAGGUGCCCUCCUCAGCGCCGCCACCGACCUGCUGGCUUUGACGGUCCUCACGCCCCCUGGCGAAUGGGGUGCUGAUAUUGCCUUUGGCAGUGCCCAGCGUUUCGGCGUUCCUCUCGGCUUUGGUGGACCCCAUGCCGCGUUCUUUGCCGUCAAGGAAGCCCACAAGCGCCGUAUGCCCGGCCGGCUGGUCGGGGUCUCCAAGGACCGAAACGGCAAUCGUGCCUUGAGACUGGCUCUGCAAACCCGUGAGCAACACAUUCGUCGCGAGAAGGCCACCAGCAACGUUUGCACUGCCCAGGCUCUUUUGGCCAACAUGGCUGCCUUGUUUGCCGUCUACCACGGACCUGAGGGCCUGAAGGAGAUUGCUUCGAGAUUGGUCCGUCUUGCCCGUGGAGUCCAGGCUGUCGCCGAGGCUUCGGGUUUGGAGACCGAGCAGAGUAGCGCCAGCCCUGACGGCAAGGUCCUUUUCGACACCGUCGUCAUUAAGGCUAGUGACCGUUCCCAGAAGAUCCUGGAGGAGGCCAAGAAGGCUGGCCUAGGCUUCCGUGAUUACGGAAACGGUGACAUUGGUAUCAGCGUCAACGAGCAUGUCACUGAGGAGGUGUUCAAGUCCAUCGCCGCUGUCCUCGGCAGCGCUACCGGCACUCAGACCACCGAGAUUGCGAGCAAGGCCUACGGUGCUCUCACUAAGGAUGUCACCGAACUUCUUCCCGAGACUCUGCGCCGUCAGUCUGCAUACCUCACACACCCCGUCUUCAACACCCACCGCAGCGAGACUGAGAUCCUUCGCUACAUCCACUACCUCCAGUCCAAGGAUCUGUCUCUCGUUCACUCCAUGAUCCCUCUCGGAUCCUGCACCAUGAAGCUGAACGGUGCGACCGAGAUGGCUCUGAUUACCCUUCCCGGCUUCUCCACCAUCCACCCUCACACACCCGCCAGCGAGCUCCCGGGCUACAACGCCUUGAUUGAGAGUCUUUCUGAGCAACUGAAGGGCAUCACUGCCAUGGAUGCCGUCUCCCUGCAGCCCAACUCUGGCGCUCAAGGCGAAUUUGCCGGUCUUCAGGCCAUCCGCAAGCACCUCCAGGCACAACCCGGCGGCGAGAAGCGUGACAUUUGCUUGAUCCCUGUUUCCGCCCACGGCACCAACCCCGCGUCCGCUGCCAUGGCCGGCAUGCGCGUCGUCCCCAUCAAGUGCGAUCAAAAGACCGGAAACUUGGACAUUGAGGACUUGGAAGCCAAGUGCAAGAAGCACGCCGAGGAGUUGGGUGCUUUCAUGGUCACCUAUCCUAGCACCUACGGAGUCUACGAACCCGCCGUGAAGAAGGCUUGUGAACUCGUUCACAAGUACGGUGGUCAGGUCUACAUGGACGGUGCCAACAUGAACGCCCAGAUCGGCAUUGCCUCGCCCGGCGAGAUCGGUGCCGACGUCUGCCAUCUCAACCUCCACAAGACUUUCUGCAUUCCCCACGGCGGUGGUGGCCCCGGUGUCGGACCCAUCUGCGUCAAGGAGCAUCUCGCUCCCUUCCUGCCCGGUCUUGCCCACGAUGCCGACCAGGCCAUGGUUUCCAGCGCUCCCUUCGGCAGCGCCGGUAUCCUGCCCAUUAGCUGGGCAUACAACGCACUGAUGGGCAACGACGGCCUGCGCCUCGCCACCAAGACCGCCAUCCUCAACGCCAACUACAUCCUCGCCCGCCUCAAGCCCCACUACAAGAUCCUCUACACCAACGAGAACGGCCGCUGCGCACACGAGUUCAUCCUUGACGCUCGUCCCUUCAUCACCACCGCCGGCGUCGAGGCCAUCGACAUCGCCAAGCGUCUCCAGGACUACGGCUUCCACGCCCCGACCAUGAGCUUCCCCGUCGCCAACACGCUCAUGAUCGAGCCCACGGAGAGUGAGAGCAAGGAGGAGCUCGACCGCUUCGUCGACGCCCUCAUUAGCAUCCGCGAGGAGAUUCGCGAGGUCGAGGAGGGCAAGCAGCCGCGUGAGGGCAACGUCCUCCGGAUGGCACCUCACCCCCAGAUGGACGUUAUUCUGGGUGAUGGCGAGGGCAAGUGGGACCGUCCUUACUCCCGUGAGAAGGCUGCGUAUCCCUUGCCUCACCUCAAGGAGAAGAAGUUCUGGCCUAGCGUAGCUCGCGUUGACGACACAUACGGUGACACUCACCUCUUCUGCACUUGCCCUCCCGUCGAGGACACUACGCAAGAGUAA